GGAUGUGCGCCCCCUCAGCUGAAGCUCCGCAAAGUUGGCGACUGUGGCGCACACCUUCAGGGAUGGAGACGGCCGAGUGUAUAAAAAGGAACCCCCAGUGGACAUGCCCACGAUGAGCAGUGGACGGAGCGCGAGGACACGCGGGGGGCUCCUCCAGCUUCACGCAAACACAGCAAGCGACUUUCAGUCUCAGUUGUCUCAGACUGGACUGGAACAGUUCUGACCUGCCUCCAGAACAUGUUUCCAGCAGAACUGGACAAUCAGCAGAGCGCCUGUUUCUAACACAGAACACAGGCUUGGCGACAGGGACACAGGGGGUCUCUCUCUGUCUCUGACACGACGUGUCGGCUGGUCAGAGAUGGUUUUAUGAACUUUUUCUUUCUCCGCUGUCCUCAGUGUCCGGCCCGGUCUCAGCCAUGGAGCAGCACGCAGCCGCAGUGAACGGAGUGUACUCGGAGAGCACAGCGAGCGCGGAGCCUGGAGACGCUGCACAGCCCGUAGACCCCUUUACUGGUCCCCUGAAGUCCAUCGACCCCUGGAACUACACUUUUCUGGCGUGCCUGAUGUUCGUGGUGACUUCUUUAUCCCUGACUGAAAACUUCACCGUCAUGCUAGUAACGUUCAAAUACAAGCAGCUGAGGCAGCCGCUGAAUUACAUCAUCGUUAACCUGUCUGUGGCUGAUUUCCUCGUGUCACUCAUCGGAGGCACCAUAAGUUUCCUCACUAAUGCAUGUGGCUACUUCUUCCUGGGCAAGUGGGCUUGUGUGCUGGAGGGAUUUGCUGUCACUUUUUUCGGGAUUGUGGCUCUCUGGUCUUUGGCAAUCCUGGCAUUUGAGCGUUUCUUUGUGAUUUGUCGCCCAUUGAAAAACGUCCGUUUGGGAGGGAAACACGCAGCACUGGGUCUUCUGUUCGUCUGGACGUUCUCCUUCAUUUGCACCAUUCCUCCAGUGUUUGGCUGGAACAGAUACACAGUCAGUAAGAUUGGCACCACCUGCGAACCAAACUGGUACUCGACAGACUACUAUGACCACACCUAUAUCAUCACCUUCUUUGUCACCUGCUUCAUUCUUCCUCUUGGAGUUAUAAUAGUCUCUUAUGGUAAACUCAUGCAGAAGCUCAGAAAGGUGUCAAACACUCACGGAAGACUGGGUAAUGCUCGGAAGCCGGACCGAGCAGUGGCACGGAUGGUCAUUGUAAUGAUAAUUGCUUAUAUGGUCGGUUGGACACCUUAUGCAGCAUUCUCCAUCACCGUCACAGCCUGUCCCACUAUUCAUAUUGACCCCCGCCUGGCUGCAGCACCAGCCUUCUUCUCUAAGACUGCAGCUGUGUACAACCCUGUCAUUUAUGUGUUCAUGAACAAACAGUUCAGGAAGUGCCUGAUUCAGAUGUUCAAAGGCAAUGGCGCCAACAUAGACUCGUCCCACAUGAACCAGACAUCAGAUAAAGGGGCCGUCACCGGUACAGCGGAGAGCCACAUAGGAGAGAUGUCCACCAUCGCUGCCCGCGUUCCCAUGGCCUUGAGUAACCUGGAGAACACUGGAGAGGAAGAUGAGGAAGAUGAGCAGGACCAGAAUGAAAAUGGAGGCUCCAAGCAACUCCCCCUUUCAGAGAACAGAGUAUGUCCCCUAUAGAGCUGCGUUACCCUCUGUUUAAUGACCCGUAGCCUUGCCUCUCUGCUCAGUAAACCUUCCACCUGUCAGUCAGCCUAUAAAGCAGCAGAGCAGAGACAUGCUUUCUAGAUGAGGAGUGCAUGUGUGUGAUGUGAAUAUUGUGUUUGUCUCAACUGUUUCAAAUUCCCAUGUGCUGUAUGUUUCUGAAGAACAUCCGCGUGUUUGUAUUUACCUGCCAGUCUUGCACUACACAGCUGCACUGUGAUAUUUUGAGGACAAGUUUAAGAAUCUUACUGCGUAUAUAUGGAUGUUGUGUUACCAAUUCUGUAUUAGUCGUGUGAAACUGUGUCCAUGAAUGAUGACUACAUUUCAGUGUCUUCUCCUGAAGGUGAGCUGUAUAUGUCUUUACUGUGCUCACUUUUAGUCUGCUCUGCUGGUGAUGGCAUGUCUUAUUGCAGAGUCAUGAAAUUGAGAGAUGUGUAAGAUCUGCAGCAAACUGUCACAUGUAUGCCAAUCAGCCACUUUAUUAAGUACACCAUCUUGUUUCUGCACUUUUUAUCCAUUUUAUGAGCUCCACUUUCCAUAGAAGAGCACCCGUUCCUAAUUACAGACUGUUGUGGUCCUGACUAUUAAAGGGGGGGUUAACAAAGCAUGCAGAGAAGUAGAUGGAUUACAGUCUGUAAUUAUAGAGCUACAAUAUGUAUCUGUAUGGUAAGUGGAGCAGAUAAAAAUGGACAAAGAGUGUAGAUACAAGAAGAUGUACUUAAUGAAGCCGCCAGUCACUGUACUUUGCCAUUCAGUCUAGCAGUAUUAUAAUGGGAAAAAUUUAUGACAUUUUUUGUGUUAGGGAGGGGGGCUUUAAAAUAUUGAUGGAUUUCUGGGCUAUAAAGCAAGGGGACAGAUUGUUUUAAUAGUUCUGAUUUUCAUAAAGUUAGAAAUAGUACCCCAUAACACCACCAAAACAUUAGAGUACCAUGCACAUUUGUUGUGCAGUAUUGUAUAAGCUAUGAAAAACAAAGAUUCUAAUGAUUCUUGUUCUUUAUUUCUACAAGGCAAUAUAUUGUCUGCUUUGUGAAUUUGAUAGAAUUGGAUUUCAUGAAUGGUCAGUUUGUUUGACAUGGUCAGUUCUGAUUUGGUUGUGAGACAAGAAGAACAGCAGACUGUAUCAAUUAUUGAUCACAGUAAAGCUUCAUGCUCCUAAAAUGUAUCUUGUAUUCCCUGCAUACUAUCUACAGCAUAAAUGGAUAUUGAUGUUUGAUAUUUUGCAGUGUUACGCUAAUGCAUGUUUCCCUGUGUUUGUCUGAAACAUCUGCAACAAUUGAUGUAAUAUGUAAAGAGUUCAUUCAUCAGUACUACUUGAAGAAUAAGAGGAAAAUGUUUCUGAAUUUGUUUUUUCCAAAAUGCCAAAGGUCUUGCACAAUAGAUAAUAAAAGUGAGGUACAAUGCAAAAUAUUACAAUGGAAGCUUACUCAGAACUGGAGCAUCAUAAUAAAUGUGAUUUUGAAACUGCUA